CCGCCCAGGCUUGCGUCGCGAUGGCAAAGGGCGCCGGCAAGAUCAAGCGGAGCGAAGACGUCGUGACGCGCGAGUACACCAUCCACCUGAAGAAGCUGCUGCACGGCAUCGGCUUCAAGAAGCGGGCGCCGCGCGCGGUGAAGGAGGUCAAGGCGUUCGCCAAGAAGAUGAUGGGCACCGACGACGUCCGCGUCGACACGAAGCUGAACAAGUUUCUGUGGAGCCAAGGCAUCAAGGCGGUGCCGGGGCGCGUGCGCGUGCGGCUGGCGCGUAAGCGCAACGACGACGAGGAGGCGACGGACAAGCUGUACACGCUGUGCACGCACGUGGUCGUCGAGAGGCACCAGUACAAGGGCCUGCAGACCGUCAACGUCGACGAGUAGACGCACUCGCGUGGCCUGCCGCAGCUGAGCACACACGCCGACCCUUGGCACGGGAUUUCGCUCAACCCGUGUGUGCUGUCAUAUGUCUUUCCAGUGUCAUAGCUAUAAGAAAACGCCCGCAUGCGGCGCAAAACGAA